AUGAACCAGAAGAAUGAAACAUCAACUGACUUCAUCCUUCUGGGACUAUUACCCAGCUUCAAGAAUCUCUACAUCCUCAUCCUCAUUAUCCUUCUCAUCUACAUAGUUGCCUUUUCUGGAAAUUUCCUACUGAUCUUUCUCAUCUGGCUGGAUGCCCGCCUCCAUACACCCAUGUACUUCUUGCUCAGUCAGCUCUCCCUCAUAGACUUGGCUUACAUCUCUAGCACAGUCCCCAAGAUGGCCAUAAACUACAUCACUGGGAGGAAAAAUAUUUCCUUUUUUGCCUGUGCCACUCAGAUAUUUUGCUUCCUCACCCUAGGCCUUGCUGAGUGCAUUCUUCUAACACUAAUGGCCUAUGACCGCUAUGUGGCUGUCUGUAACCCCCUAAGAUACACAGUGCUCAUGAGCCCCAAGAUUUGCCUGCAGAUGACAGCUGCAACCUGGAUUGUGGGAGCACUUACAGCCCUUGUUAACACCAUUUACCCAAUGCAUUUCCCUAUCUGUGGCUCCAGAGAAAUUAAUCAUUACUUUUGUGAGGUGCCUGCCAUCCUGAGACUGUCUUGUGUAGACACAUCAGUUUAUGAGAUGGUGAAAUUCGUGACAACUGUUGUAUUUCUCCUGGUCCCAUUUAUUCUGAUUCUGUCCUCCUACACCCUCAUCUUCCUCACUGUUCUCAGGAUGAACUCUCGCAAGGGCAGGAACAAAGCUCUGGCCACCUGCUCCUCUCACUUGACAGUGGUGAGUCUCUACUUUGGUCAGGCCAUGUUCAUCUACAUGACACCCAGCUCUUCUCACACACCUGAGGAAGACCAGAUUGUUGCUGUGUUUGGUACAACAGUGACCCCAAUGCUCAAUCCACUCAUAUACAGUCUGAGAAACAAAGAAGUAUUGGGGGCACUGAGGAAGUGUGUGGGAAAGAUGUGCAGCUGA